AUGGAAGACUCCUCCAUUUUCUCACAAAGUUCCCAGGACGUGUCAUCAACUAUAUCGCUCUACAACAUGUCGACAGCAGAAGAUGCAUCUGUGAAAGCCAUAGUAGACUACGACCUCAGUGAAGAAGCGCAAGGCUCCGGAAUUUCUCGUCCUCUCUCAAGAUCUUCAGCUACGUCGUCACUUUCGAUGGUCGCGACCAAAGAUGGAAUUGAGGGCAGAAGAGUGCACCGUUACGGGAUCCCUCAGUAUUCUUUGAACUUACUCAACUCCAUGUCGUCGCCUGGCACAACAAAGAGCAAAGUCCAUUCCAAGCAGCAGCACCUUCCAAACCAUAUCCCCUACCAUAAAUCAUUACACGCUGAAGAACUAGGGGCGAUUGCUCAUUCAGAUCUCUCAAGCGGUCCUGUUAUGACGCUCCAGGAUAAGAUGCGAUUGCUCAAUUAUAAGUCGGGCUCCGUGCAGUACAGUUCCUCUGUGGAGUCGUUGCAAGACCGCAACGACGAAUUUCAGGCCGAUGGCUUUGAGAGUGACAGCGAUGCUAAGGGGGGCUCCCUCUCCCUUUUAGGAGCGAACGGCAACGAAGCUGGUAGUAAUCGGAGCACCACGGGAGACGAUUACUCGUAUCUGCACGAUACAAAAAGUCUGCCUCCGGUCUCAAUACCAAUUGAGAGCGAGCGCGAAUGA